AUGGCUGCUCUUACAAUGUCUCCUGCCGCUGUACGACAGCCUUUUGCUCCUCUGGACGCCUCUCGCAUGCGGACCCUGCUCCGUACCAAGAUGAACCUCCAGAAUAAGCAGAAUGGCGCCAUCCUCUCGGGCAAGAGACAACCCCUCGUUGAAUCGGACGCGGAGAAUAUCGAUCCUACAGCAUUUAAGUCGACGAAGCGGAAGCGUGCUGCCGAUGACGAGGAUGAUCAUGUCCCCGUCAAGAGCCCUAUGAAGCCCAUGAAGAGUUCCCGAACGGCGUUUCAUAUCAUUGUUGACUCGACCUCGACCUCUACCACCCGCACACCGACGACUCCCACAAAGGUUUCCCACUCGACUUCAAAACCUGCAUCAGCAUUGAAACCUGCUGGUCGCUCCCCACAGAUGAAGGCCUCCAAGGCUUUUGCUCGCCGUGCUCCAAUCUCCAAGAACCGCCCAGAGUCUGCGUCCCGAAAGGGCGUCAGCCGUCCAUUUUCAAUCGCCACUGCCUUGUCGAAUGGCAAGUCGAAGAGCCAACCGGCUCCUGCCACCAAGAUGCCUGCAUCCUGGUCCUUUGAUAUCUAUGUCGACUCGGAGCAAGAGGAAAUGACGAACCUUAUGCAGCACUCGACAUGCGUGCUCGAUAUUAGCGACGAUGAGGGAAAAGCGGAGGACAAAUCGGAUCACCGAGGAAAGGAGAACAUCCCUCCCGCCGAAUUGGGUCUCGCCCUUGCCCGGUCCCGCCAACAGGAGUCGCCUGCUGCGGCGGCCCGCAAGUCCGAGAUGGUGGAUGAGCCUCGCUCGCCAUUGGGCGAUCUGAAUGCCGCCGACUAUUACGGAGAAGAUUGCCACGCCUUCUCAUACGCUGUCGUUUACGAGGACGAGGAGAAUAAUGCACCAGCACCAGCCGAGGAGAAGAAGUUUACCUUCUCUUCCGUCCCUCGUCCUACACACCCUACUCGGAGUAAACUCUCGAGUAUGUCCUCCAUUGCCUCUGUGCUGGAAGCUGCUAGCCCGGCGAAACCGACCGAGGCCGAGGCCCAGCCGUCUGACGGUGGCAUCGAAAUCUGGGAGAGCGAAAGCGCUACGGAAGAGGCUACCGAGGUAUCGGAGCCUGUUACCGCAUAG